AUGGAAAAACGAGAACAAAGCCCGUCCCUGGUUGAGCCCCAGGAGAUUGAAUAUCGCUAUCUCGAACUGGAAACAUUGCUCCCCACGCCCAGCAUCACGCUGCCUCCCUCGGCGGGACAAUCGGCGCCACCAGAGGCUCCAGACCUAAGGAAAUACACUUCGCCCUUUUUGUGGCCGAAAUGGCGCAAAACCAUGAUGACCAGCAUUGCGUGUACCGUCACUGCACUCGCCGGUUACUCGGCGGGCGAAGGAAGCCCGGCGUCUAAGGUGCUGUGCGCCAAAUGGGGUAUCAGUAAUGUCGUCUAUAAUCUGAACAUCACGAUCUUCUGUAUUGGAUUUGCCCUCGCACCCAUGUUCCUGGCGCCCUUCUCCGAAAUCAACGGCCGUCGGCCAAUCUUCGUCGCUAGUGGCGUCUUGUUUGUCGCCUGCUUGAUUGCAUGUGGAGGGACUCAUGUAUUUGCUGGGUACCUUAUCGCCCGCUUCUUCCAAGGUGUUGGCGCCUCUACCUUCUCGACCAUGGUUGGCGGUGUCAUCAGUGACAUAUACCACGCGGAAGAUCGCAAUACUCCCAUGUCGCUCUUCUCUGGCGCCGCUCUCUUCGGAACUGGCCUGGCGCCCAUGAUCGCCGGUGCGAUCGUGUCGCACACGACGUGGCGCUGGAUCUACUACUCGCACGCAAUUGCCUCCGCCAUCUUCGUUGUGAUUAUCUAUUUCUUCUUUGACGAGACUCGUGGUAGCGUCCUGCUAAGUCGCAAAGCUAAGGCUCUCAAUACCUAUUAUGAAAAACUCGAAGAAGCUGGUCACUUCGGGGUCAUCAUCGCCGCGGAAGAUUCCGAUAAGAAGUCUGUCCGACGGAUUCGCUGGAAGGUGAAGAGUGAUGAGCAGAGAGAUUCCUUGUUGCACAUGGUGCAAAUCUCGCUGUAUCGGCCCGUCCAUAUGCUUUUUACCGAGCCCGUGGUUUUCUUCUUCUCCCUUUGGGUAUCCUUCAGUUGGGCGACCUUGUACCUCCAGUUUGGCUCUGUUCCGCUCGUCUUCGAAACGAGUUACAACUUCGACUUGGAACAAGUGGGCGCUGUGUUUACUUCCAUGGUCGUCGGUGUGAUCAUCAUCACUCUGCUCAGUAUCUGGCAAGACAAACUUGCCCGAAAAUACAAGCUGUUCAGCGACGCUCCGGAGAGCCGCCUGUACUUUGCCUGUGGAGCCUCCGUCCUGCUUCCUAUCGGUCUAUUCUGGUUUGGUUGGACAUCCUAUCCCUCCAUCCACUGGAUUUCUCCAGCUCUGGCGGUGGGCUGUGCUACCAUGGGCAUUUUCUCUGUCUACCUUGCGACCUUCAACUACCUGGCGGAUACGUACCACCGGUUCGCUAGCUCGGCGAUUGCGGCUCAAUCUUGCUGCCGGAACCUGCUUGGUGGUGUAUUUCCUCUGGUCACGGCCGCUAUGUUCACGAAUCUAGGCUAUCCCGCGGCAUCAAGCAUCUUGGGCGGAAUAGGUACGGCUCUGACUCUAGUUCCCUGGGUUUUAGCGUUCUUUGGCUCGAGGAUCCGGGCAAGAAGUAAGAUGGCUAGUGAACUUGCUCGAUGA